AUGUCCAUCUCCUCACCUCAUCCUCUCACAACCUCACUCAAUGGACAGUGUAUGAGGAAAAUCAAGUCCCAGAAAAUAGAGAGCAUUACUGAGGAGACCAUCUACUCUCUCCUGAAUGGAGUGAGUAAGAAGGAACUUCAUCUUCUGUUGAGUAGAGAUGAAGAGUGGGAGCAAUUUGUGGCCGAAGCUGAGUUAACCAGAGAUGAGGCAAAGGAAGUUCAUGAAGGUCUAAAGAAACAUGGAAAGCUCUCGGUCAUGGAAGUCAAAGAGAUGCACCAACAAGAGAAGGAGUUUAAGAAGAAGUUUUUGAAGUUAUAUCCUCAGGUGAAAAGAGAUGCUGAGGAGCACAUAAAACAUCUCUAUGCCCUUGCAGAAGAGGCUGACAAGGUCCACAAGAACUGUACCAUUGCUAAUGUGGUGGCAGACUCCACUGGCAUUGUAUCCGGCAUCUUGUGUAUUGCAGGCAUAGGUCUUGUCCCAUUUACAGGAGGGCUCAGUUUAGCAUUGUCGGGAACUGGUUUGGUGAUAGGGUCAGUGGCUACUGUCACAGCUAUGACCACCAGCAUUGUGGAGCACCGUUACAUGUCAUCCAUAGAAGCUGAGGUCAAGAAAUUGGAAUCAACUGGAGACAAUUUACAUCUCCUCUGGGAAAUUUUAGGUGAUAGCAAAGAAAGAAUCUCUUCUUUAGUAAAUAGCUUUAGGGUUCUGAGAAACAUAGCAAAGCAUGUUCGUGCCACUAGGUUGGCCAGACACAACCCCAGAGCAGCAGCCCAGAAUCCUGGUCUGCUCGGCAUAAUGUUUGAAGGCGCCGCUGGGAUAAUGAGCAAGGGAGCCCGUAUCAUUGGUGGGGUCGCCACAGGUUUAGCAAUUCUGGUGGAUGUAUACAGUCUAGUGCAAGACUCAAAGGAUUUACAUGAGGGAGGGAAAUCACAAUCUGGUGAGAUGCUGAGGCAGCGGGCUCAGGAUCUGGAAAAUACGUUGGUGGGACUCCAACAGUUCUAUGAGAAGCUGCAGUAG